AGUAGCCAAACGUCUUUCAAACAGUAUGCAUAUAAACCAUGGCGUAAGAGCACAACGCUCAGUUAAAUCGACUCGCGCGCGUUUAGACAUCCGCCUUUGAUAUUGUCUAUGACUUUGAUCGCGACUUUCGAAAUUCAAAAAAGUUUUCUUUUUAAUUGACGUCAAUAUUUUUAAUUUCUGCUGCGUUAAAGAUCCAGACCGAGUGACAGAGGGUUUGACGAAAAUGGAGCAGAUUAACGGUUACGUCGCGUCCUGCCCAUUUAAUGGUGAUAGUGAGGUGAAAGUGGAAAAUCAGAAACAAGUAAAGCCGAAUCUUCGCGUGAAAGUACCACAGCCGUUGAGGCUGAAAAACCAUCUGGUACAGGAAGAGAACUUCGAUACUUUGCAGUCGAGGUCCAAUGAUUUUACUAGUAAUAAUACAAAAUGUACAGAAAAAUUAUGUCAGUCAAGUAUUAUGGACAUCCCGAACAGAGGCGACACACCAAGAGCAAUAGAAGAGGUUUACAAAGAUGCAGAAUCGUUUCUAGAGCAAUACUUUGCCUCUAUUUACAGAGAGAAUACAGAAUCUCAUCGUGCAAGAUUAGAAAAAGUCAAGCAGGAAUUGAAUGAGACGGGGACAUAUCAAUUGAAAACUUCAGAGCUGGUGUUCGGAGCAAAGUUGGCGUGGCGUAAUGCGACCAGGUGCAUAGGGCGGAUACAAUGGAAGAAGUUACAAAUAUUCGAUUGCAGAGAAGUAACUACUCCCACUGGUAUGUUCGAGGCACUAUGCAACCACAUAAAAUACGCCACAAAUAAAGGCAAUAUUAGAUCAGCAAUAACCAUUUUUCCACAGCGCACUAAGGAUAAGAGAGAUUACAGAAUAUGGAACGCACAACUCAUAAGUUAUGCUGGAUAUCUACAGUCUGAUGGAACAGUGCUUGGUGAUCCCGCUAGAGUUGAAUUCACAGAUGUUUGCAUAAAACUCGGCUGGAAACCGCGCUACACCGCGUGGGAUAUACUACCGUUGGUGCUAUCGGCUGAUGGUAAAGAUCCACAGUACUUCGAGAUACCAGCUGAGAUAGUCAUGGAAGUGCACAUGGAGCACCCCAACUAUGAUUGGUUCAAGGAUUUGGGGUUGAGAUGGUACGCGUUACCAGCGGUCUCUAACAUGAGGCUCGACUGCGGAGGACUAGAAUUCACUGGUACUGCUUUCAACGGAUGGUAUAUGGGAACUGAAAUCGGUUGCCGUAAUUUCAGCGACUCGAACCGGCGAAAUAUUAUCGAGAGCGUCGCUUUAAAAAUGGGCUUGGACACAAACUCAUACGUGUCACUGUGGCGAGACAAAGCACUAGUGGAGGUGAAUAUUGCAGUCCUGCACAGUUUCCACCGGGACAACGUCUCCAUUGUCGACCAUCACUCCGCCUCCGAACAGUUCAUAAAGCACUUGGAUAAUGAAAACAAGAGCAGGGGAGGUUGCCCAGCUGACUGGGUUUGGAUUGUACCUCCUAUGUCAGGAUCAUUGACUUCGGUGUUUCAUCAAGAAAUGGCUUUAUAUUAUAUCAAACCUUCAUAUGAUUAUCAAGAACCUGCAUGGAAGUCACAUCAAUGGUCUGAUAAGCCUGCUAUAAAGAAUAAGACUGGAAAGAAGCGCUUUAUUCAGAUUGCUCGCGCAAUCAGGUUCACAUCGAAGCUAUACGGCAGAGCUCUCUCCAAGCGAAUAAAAGCUACUAUACUCUAUGCAACGGAGACGGGCAAAUCUGAACAGUAUGCGAAAGAGCUAGGUACCAUUUUUGGACACGCCUUCAACGUACAGGUCCACUGUAUGGCAGAUUACGAUAUGUUUUCAAUAGAACAUGAAACUUUAUUAUUGAUAGUUACCUCAACAUUUGGAAAUGGAGAAGCGCCAGCUAAUGGAAUAGACUUCAUUGAACAUCUUUACAAUAUGUUUUUCAAUGAAGCAAAACAUCGCGGCGAUCAAACUGGAGAUAUUAAUUCAGGGAAUAUGAAAGUUCCUACACCAAAAUCCUUAAUGAGAACGAACAGCGUAAUGACGCCAAGUAUUGAAUACAAAAGACAAUUGACUAGAUUGGAGUCAAAUAAAAGCAGCAUUGCGGGUUCAACAUCAACAGAACAUCUGGGUCCCCUUAGUAAUGUUUGCUUCGCAGUGUUCGCUUUAGGGUCUAGUGCUUAUCCAAAAUUCUGUAAUUUUGGAAAAACUGUGGAUAAAAUACUAGGAGAUUUGGGUGGAGAGCGACUUUUAGAACUUGUUUGUGGAGAUGAGAUGUAUGGACAAGAGCAACAGUUUCGAAGUUGGUCAUCUAACAUUUUUCAUGUAGCAUGUGACACAUUUUGUUUAGAUGAAAAUGAUAUGGUCAAAGAUGCAAAGAAAGCAUUAGGGACACUCCCUUUGUCAGAAGAAACUGUUAGAUUUAGUAAAGCACAUGCUCGUAUUACAUUGAAAAGUGCUCUUGAAGCUGGUUUUAGAAAACAACUAGUGCCCUGCACUGUGAAAGAAAAUAAGAUGCUGGGUGAUUAUACUGCCGAUAGAGCUACUAUAUUUGUGGAUAUGGAACCUGAACACGAAAUAAAAUACGAUCCUGGAGACCACGUAGGUGUGAUGGCAUGUAACAGAAAAGAAAUUGUUGACGCUGUGUUGAAGAGACUAAAAUUAGACAAAUGUGAUGCAACUGUGCAACUAGAAGUCAUGAAAGAGACUCUCACUGCUACAGGUGUUCGAAAGACAUGGGAAAAACAUGAGCGUCUACCAUCAGUUACAGUUAGGGAUUUAUUCACACGAUUUUUGGAUAUAACUACCCCACCGUCAACAACAGUUUUAAAAUAUCUUGCUAGUAAAUGCAGUGAUGUAAACGAAGCAAGCAAAAUUAGCGAACUCAUAACGGAUUCCAACAAAUAUAAUGAUUGGAGAUAUUUUGAGUAUCCCAAUCUGGCUGAAAUCUUCCAACAGUUCCCUUCAUGCCAACCUGAAGCAUCACUAAUUGCAACCUUGCUGCCGCCACUGCAGCCAAGAUUUUAUUCAAUCUCUUCUUCACCAUUAGUACAUCAAAACAGGAUACAUAUUACAGUAGCAGUGGUUACUUAUAAAACACAAGAUGGUCAAGGACCAACACAUUACGGAGUGUGUUCUACAUACCUAAAAGAUGCAAAUCCAGGUGAACAAAUUCUACUAUUCAUACGACGGUACGUUGUGAAAGUUUAAAAAAAAAUAUUACACUUGCAUACUUUUACUUUCAAUAACAUUUAUCUUUUACAGCGCACCAAGCUUCCAUCUUCCUAAAGAUAUAUCAGUACCACUAAUUUUAGUCGGGCCAGGUUCUGGUAUUGCGCCAUUUAGAGGAUUUUGGCAUCACAGAAGCCACCAGAUCAAGAAUCUUAGCGACGGGAAAAAUAAACCAGGAUCUGUUUGGUUAUUUUUCGGAUGUAGAAACAGAGGUAUGGAUUUAUACAAAGAAGAAAAAGAAAAAUUUUUGCAAGAAGGGGUCCUCAGUAAAGUUAUGUUAGCUUUGUCAAGAGAAAAAGGCGUUGACAAGAAACACGUUCAAGCUCUUCUAGAAGAAGAAGGUGAACAAGUAACACGAAUGUUAGUCGAUGAAGAUGGUCAUUUAUACGUUUGUGGUGAUUGCAAAAUGGCAGAAGAAGUACAACAAAAAAUAAAAUUAAUCAUCAAAAAGCAUGCUCAAAUGUCAGACGCUGCUGUUGAUGAUUUUAUGUUGGAGUUGAUGGAUGAGAACAGAUAUCAUGAAGACAUAUUUGGAAUAACUCUUCGUACUGCCGAAGUUCACAGUGCAUCAAGAGAAUCAGCUAAGAAAACUCGUUUGGCAUCGCAAUCUCAAGUUUGAAGAAAUCAUCCUUCCCAUUAUCAUUGAACAAAUCAAUAAUUAGGUAUUGACCGACUGAACGAUAAUAUAC